GAUUUCCAGGGCGGCUGGACUCUUGCCCCUCAGGCCUCGAAUGGUUAAAUGCUCCCAGGAUAUUUUUAAACAGCAGGGCCCCUUUAAUCAGAAAGUGACAUUUGCAGUGACGGGUAGCAAAGUGACUUCUUAGAGAGUCACAGGCACUCCCCACCGAGCCAAUGGAGCAGGACGUGGGCAAGCUGAUUGUCAACAGCCAGGCUACCCCAAUGAGUCCCUGAAUGGUCCUGCUGGUCGUGCUGUUAUCAUACCUGAUUUGUUUAUGGUUAGUUUGGAGCAUCAUGGCGGAUGCCAAGUCUGUUACCAAGAGUAAGUCUGAAACCAAACCCCAGUGCCAGGCGCCGUUUCCAACCUGUGUCAGCAAAGGGGAACCAGCCCACCAAAAUGUAGACAAUCAGUCACCCCAGGCAAGUCUGAAACUGGACACUCCGGCGUGUCUCGAAGGCUCCACUGAUGGCCCCAAGCGACUGACCUCUCGCCCGCCGCCCCACACGAAGCCAUGCCAGCCUCUACCAUCAGACACGACCUCGGCCUGCACGGAGCCUCGGGCCGAUGGGCCGGAAGGGCAGGGGGACACGGAGUCGCCCUCCUCCCCUCUGGGUCCGCAGGGAAAGCGGCUCUUUCCUCUUUCCAAGGAAGAUGAGAAGCGAGCGCAGAUCAAAAAGCAGCUGAUGACCAAUUUCAUCUUGGGGUCUUUUGAUGAUAACUCUUCGGACGAUGAGACCCCUGACUCGCUGUUCAGAGCAUCUUCCCGGAAGAGCAGCCGAUCGAGCUUUGGCUCUCUGUCCUUUGACUCGGCUUCUCUUCGGUCCAUGACUGAGUCUGAAUUGUCUGUCCCGACCAUGAGGCCUAGCAUGUCAGGACUGCACCUGGUGAAAAGAGGACGAGAACAGAAGAAAUUCGACCUUCAUCGAGACUUCACAGUCGCCUCUCCGGCUGAGUUUGUAACUCGCUUUGGGGGGAAUCACGUUAUUGAAAAGGUUCUCAUCGCCAACAAUGGCAUUGCUGCCGUCAAGUGCAUGCGAUCCAUUCGGAGGUGGGCCUAUGAGAUGUUUCGAAACGAGAGGGCCAUCCGCUUUGUGGUCAUGGUUACCCCGGAGGAUCUCAAAGCCAACGCAGAGUACAUCAAGAUGGCGGAUCACUACGUGCCUGUUCCCGGAGGGCCCAACAAUAACAACUAUGCCAACGUAGAGCUGAUCGUGGACAUCUCCAAGCGGCUCCCAGUGCAGGCCGUGUGGGCUGGGUGGGGCCAUGCUUCAGAAAACCCCAAACUGCCUGAACUGCUCCAGAAACAUGGCAUUGCCUUCUUAGGCCCUCCCAGUGAUGCCAUGUGGGCACUGGGAGAUAAGGUUGCUUCGACCAUAGUGGCACAGACCCUGCAGAUUCCUACGCUGCCGUGGAGCGGAAGUGGUCUUGUUGUGGAGUGGCAGGAGGACGAUCUUCAGCAGAUGAAGAGAAUCAGCGUCCCUUCAGAGACGUACACCAAGGGCUGCGUGAGGGAUAUGGAGGAGGGUUUGCAGGCGGCAGAAAGAAUUGGCUUCCCAGUGAUGAUCAAAGCUUCUGAAGGUGGUGGAGGGAAAGGGAUCCGGAAAGCUGAGAGUGCCGAGGAUUUCCCGAACCUCUUCAGACAAGUUCAGAGCGAGAUCCCGGGCUCCCCAGUGUUCGUCAUGAAGCUGGCUCAGCACGCCCGGCACCUGGAAGUGCAGAUCCUCGCCGAUCAGUAUGGGAAUGCUGUGUCUCUCUUUGGGAGAGACUGUUCCAUACAAAGGCGGCACCAGAAGAUUAUCGAGGAGGCACCCGCCACCGUUGCCAUGCCGCUGGUGUUUGAGCACAUGGAGCAGUGCGCCGUGCGCUUGGCCAAGACGGUGGGCUACGUGAGCGCGGGGACCGUAGAAUACCUCUACAGUGAAGAUGGUCACUUCCAUUUCUUGGAACUGAACCCACGUUUGCAGGUGGAGCAUCCCUGCACAGAGAUGAUUGCCGAUGUCAACUUGCCGGCUGCUCAGCUGCAGAUUGCCAUGGGGGUCCCCCUUUACCGGCUGAAGGACAUCCGGAUCCUGUAUGGAGAGUCACCCUGGGGCGUCACUCCCAUUUCCUUUGAUAACCCUGUCAAUCCACCUAUUCCCAGGGGCCAUGUGAUUGCUGCCAGGAUCACCAGCGAGAACCCAGAUGAGGGUUUUAAGCCAAGCUCUGGGACCGUCCAGGAGCUGAAUUUCCGCAGUAGCAAGAAUGUGUGGGGCUACUUCAGUGUGGCGGCUGCCGGGGGCCUGCACGAGUUUGCAGAUUCACAGUUUGGGCACUGCUUCUCCUGGGGAGAGAACCGAGAAGAGGCUGUCUCGAACAUGGUGGUAGCCUUGAAAGAGCUGUCCAUCCGGGGAGACUUCAGGACCACGGUGGAGUACCUCGUCAACCUGCUCGAGACAGAGAACUUCCAAAGCAAUGACAUCGACACGGGCUGGCUGGAUCACCUGAUUGCUGAGAGAGUGCAGGCUGAGAAACCCGACAUCAUGCUUGGGGUGGUCUGUGGAGCCUUGAAUGUAGCAGACGCCCUGUUUAGGACCUGUAUGACCGACUUCCUGCAUUCACUGGAAAGGGGCCAGGUUCUCCCGGCAGAUUCUCUGCUGAACAUCGUGGAUGUGCAGCUGAUCUAUGGAGGGGUGAAGUAUAUCCUCAAGGUUGCCCGACAGUCUCUGACCAUGUUUGUUCUCAUCAUGAACAACUGUCACAUCGAGAUAGACGCCCACAGGCUCAACGACGGCGGGUUGCUGCUCUCCUACGACGGUAACAGCUACACCACGUAUAUGAAGGAGGAAAUCGACAGUUACCGGAUCACGAUCGGCAAUAAGACGUGUGUGUUUGAGAAGGAGAAUGAUCCCACGAUCCUGAGAUCGCCGUCUGCGGGCAAGCUGGUGCAGUACCUGGUGGAGGACGGAGGUCACCUGACGGCUGGAAACACCUACGCAGAGAUGGAGGUAAUGAAGAUGAUCAUGACCUUGAGUGUGCAGGAAGAUGGCCGGAUCUACUACGUGAAGCGGCCAGGAGCCGUGCUCCAAGCGGGCUGUGCGAUAGCCAGACUGGAGCUGGAUGACCCUUCUAAACUCCAUGCGGCCGAGCCGUACACAGGCGACCUCCCUUGCCAGCAAACCCUGCCCAUCAUCGGAGAGAAGCUGCACCAGGUUUUCCACAGCGUCCUGGAGAACCUGACCAAUGUCAUGAACGGCUACUGUUUGCCAGAACCCAUUUUCAGCAGCAAGCUCAAGGAGUGGGUGAACAAGCUGAUGGUCACCCUCCGGUCCCCUUCCUUACCCCUUCUGGAGCUCCAGGAGAUCAUGACCAGCGUCUCUGGCCGGAUCCCGCCCUCCGUGGAGAAAGCCGUCCGCAAAGUGAUGGCGCAGUAUGCGAGCAACAUCACCUCUGUGCUUUGUCAGUUCCCCAGCCAGCAGCUUGACUGUGAAGUAGUGGAGGGAGCCUCGGACCAGGCACUGGAAGACUUUGGGUCAAGUCUCUGCUCAGCCACUCACUUGAUCGCCAACAUCCUGGACAGCCACGCUGCAACCCUCCAGCGGAAGGCAGACCGAGAAGUUUUCUUCAUGAACACUCAGAGUAUUGUGCAGCUAGUCCAAAGGUACCGGAGCGGAACACGUGGCUACAUGAAGACUGUGGUGUUAGAUUUAUUAAGGAAAUACCUGCAAGUGGAACAUCACUUCCAACAAGCCCACUAUGACAAGUGUGUGAUCAAUCUCCGGGAACAGUUCAAGCCAGACAUGUCACCUGUGCUCAACUGCAUCUUCUCUCACGCACAAGUGGCCAAGAAGAAUCUGCUGGUGACCAUGUUAAUUGACGAGUUGUGUGGCCCAGAUCCAUCGCUGACUGACGAGCUUCUUUCCAUCCUGGGUGAACUCACCCAGCUGAGCAAAAGUGAACACUGUAAAGUAGCCUUGAGAGCCAGACAGGUACUGAUCGCCUCCCACCUGCCCUCCUAUGAGCUCAGACACAACCAGGUGGAGUCCAUCUUCCUGUCUGCCAUCGACAUGUAUGGCCACCAGUUCUGCCCGGAAAACCUCAAGAAACUGAUCCUUUCAGAAACCACCAUAUUCGAUGUCUUGCCCAACUUCUUCUACCAUGUUAACCAGGUGGUCUGCAUGGCCUCUCUGGAGGUGUAUGUCCGUAGAGGCUACAUCGCCUACGAGCUGAACAGCCUGCAGCACCGGCAGCUUCCAGAUGGCACCUGUGUGGUGGAAUUCCAGUUCAUGCUGCCCUCGUCCCAUCCGAACCGAAUGGCUCUUCCCGUCAGCGUCACCAACCCUGACCUGCUGCGGCACAGCACUGAGCUGUUCAUGGACAGCGGCUUCUCCCCUCUCUGCCAGAGGAUGGGAGCCAUGGUUGCCUUUCACCGAUUCGAGGAUUUUGUCAGAAACUUUGAUGAAGUCAUUUCCUGUUUCGCAAACCUGGCUAAGGAGAGCCCCCUCUUCAGCGAGGCCCGGUCCAUGCUGUACUCCGAGGAAGACUGCAAGUAUAUGAAGGAGGAGCCCAUCCACAUUUUGAAUGUCGCCGUCCAAUGUUCAGACCACCUUGAGGACGAGGAACUGGUGCCAAUCUUCCGGACGUUUGUGCAGUCCAAGAAACACGUCCUUGUGGAAUACGGCCUCCGGAGAAUCACCUUUCUCAUUGCACAAGAGAGAGAAUUUCCUAAGUUUUUUACAUUCAGAGCAAGAGACGAGUUUGCUGAAGAUAGAAUUUACCGCCAUUUGGAACCUGCCCUGGCCUUCCAGCUGGAGCUGAAUCGGAUGCGGAACUUUGAGCUGAAGGCCGUGCCCUGCGCAAACCACAAGAUGCAUCUUUACUUGGGCGCUGCCCGAGUGAAGGAAGGCACUGAAGUGACCGACCACCGGUUCUUCAUCCGCGCCAUCAUCAGGCACUCAGACCUCAUCACCAAGGAGGCCUCCUUUGAGUACCUGCAGAACGAGGGGGAACGGCUGCUCUUGGAGGCCAUGGAUGAGCUGGAGGUGGCCUUCAACAACACCAGCGUCCGCACCGACUGCAACCACAUCUUCCUCAACUUUGUCCCCACGGUCAUCAUGGACCCUUCCAAGAUUGAGGAGUCUGUUCGGUCUAUGGUGAUGAGGUACGGCAGCCGGCUUUGGAAGCUCCGUGUCCUGCAAGCUGAGGUCAAGAUCAAUAUCCGCAUGACCCCAACCGGCACCGCGAUCCCCAUUCGCCUCUUCCUGACCAACGAGUCCGGCUACUACCUGGACAUCAGCCUUUACAAAGAAGUGACAGAUCCCAGGAGCGGAAACAUCAUGUUCCACUCCUUUGGGAACAAGCAAGGCGCCCAGCACGGGAUGCUGAUCAACACGCCCUACGUGACCAAAGACCUGCUCCAGGCCAAGAGGUUUCAGGCCCAGUCUCUGGGGACCACCUACAUCUAUGACUUCCCAGAGAUGUUCAAACAGGCUCUCUACAAGCUGUGGGGCUCCUCAGAGAAACACCUCAAGGAUGUCUUGACUUGUACCGAGCUUGUGCUGGACUCUCAGGGGCAGCUGGUGGAGAUGAACAGGCUCCCCGGAGGGAACGAGGUGGGCAUGGUGGCUUUCAAGAUGCUCCUCAAAACUCGAGAGUAUCCCAAUGGCCGGUACAUCAUCGUCAUCGGCAAUGACAUCACUUUCCGGAUCGGCUCCUUCGGGCAAGAAGAAGACCUUCUCUUCCUCCGUGUGUCCCAGCUGGCCCGAGCGGAGGGCAUCCCCAAGAUCUACCUCUCUGCCAACAGCGGGGCCCGCAUAGGCCUGGCCGAAGAAAUCCGGCACAUGUUCCACGUGGCCUGGCUUGACCCCGCCGACCCCUGCAAGGGAUUUAAAUACCUUUACCUGACCCCGCAAGACUACACCAAGAUCAGCUCCCUGAACUCUGUCCACUGCAUGCACGUGGAGGAGGAAGGAGAAUCCAGGUAUGUCAUCACGGACAUCAUCGGGAAGGAUGAUGGGCUCGGAGUGGAGAACUUGAGGGGCUCUGGCACCAUCGCUGGGGAGUCGUCUCUGGCUUACGAGGAGAUCAUCACCAUCAGCAUGGUGACCUGCCGGGCUAUUGGGAUCGGUGCCUACCUGGUGAGGUUGGGCCAGCGAGUGAUACAGGUUGAUAACUCCCACAUCAUCCUGACAGGAGCAAGCGCAUUGAAUAAGGUCCUCGGCCGUGAAGUUUAUACCUCAAAUAACCAGUUGGGUGGCGUGCAGAUCAUGCAUUUUAAUGGCAUUUCCCACAUCACCGUUCCAGAUGACUUUGAGGGAGUUUACACCAUCUUGGAGUGGCUGUCAUAUAUGCCCAAGGACAUUCAUAGCCCCGUGCCCAUCAUUGCGCCCACCGACCCCAUUGACCGAGAAAUUGAGUUCCUUCCUUCCAAAGCCCCCUACGAUCCCCGAUGGAUGCUAGCAGGAAGGCCUCAUCCAAGUGUGAAGGGAGCCUGGCAGAGUGGGUUCUUUGACCAGAACAGCUUCAAGGAGAUCAUGGAACCCUGGGCCCAAACCGUAGUGACCGGCCGAGCGAGGCUGGGGGGAAUUCCUGUUGGGGUGAUAGCUGUGGAGACUCGGACUGUGGAGAUGGUGGUCCCCGCUGAUCCUGCUAACUUAGAUUCUGAAGCCAAGAUAAUCCAGCAGGCAGGACAGGUGUGGUUCCCAGAUUCUGCCUUUAAAACUGCCCAGGCCAUCAAGGACUUCGACCGGGAGAAAUUGCCCCUGAUGAUCUUUGCCAAUUGGAGAGGAUUCUCCGGGGGCAUGAAGGACAUGUAUGAUCAGGUGUUGAAGUUUGGUGCCUACAUCGUGGACGGCCUCAGGCAGUACAAGCAGCCCGUCCUCAUCUACAUCCCCCCCUAUGCCGAACUCCGCGGAGGCUCCUGGGUGGUCAUUGACCCAACUAUCAACCCUCUGUGCAUGGAGAUGUACGCGGACAAGGAGAGCCGAGGUGGGGUUUUGGAACCCGAAGGAACCGUGGAGAUCAAGUUCCGGAAGAAAGACUUGAUAAAAACCAUGAGGAGGAUCGACAGUAUUUACAUGAAGCUGGUGGAACAGCUAGGAACAGAAGACUUGUCAGAAAAGGACCGAAAGGACCUGGAGAGUAAGCUGAAGGCUCGGGAAGAGCACCUGUUACCUGUCUACCACCAGGUGGCAGUGCAGUUUGCCGACCUCCAUGACACGCCCGGGAGGAUGCAGGAGAAAGGCGUCAUUACAGACAUCCUAGAGUGGAAGAACGCACGUACGUUCCUCUACUGGCGUCUCCGCCGCCUGCUCCUCGAGGACAUUGUCAAGAACGAAAUCCUGCGUGCCAACGGCGAGCUCAGCCACGUGCACAUCCAGUCCAUGCUGCGCCGCUGGUUCAUGGAGACCGAGGGUGCCGCGAAGGGAUACCUCUGGGACAACAACCAGGUGGUCAUAGAAUGGCUGGAGAAGCAUCUUCAGCAGGACGACGGUCUACACUCGGCCAUUUGGGAGAAUAUCAAGUGCCUAAAGCGUGACUUUGUCCUCAAGACUAUUCGAGGCUUGGUUCAGGAUAACCCCGAGGUGGCCGUGGACUGUGUGGUCCACAUGACGCAGCACAUCAGCCCCGCAGACAGGGCCCAGAUCGCCCAUCUCCUGGCCACCAUGGAGAGCCCAGCCUCCACCUGACCGGGGGACAUGUGGGUCCGGACACAGUCCCGCCCGGAGAGGAUGCCCCGGCGGCCUGGCGGCGUCUAGCCCGAGGCCCCCCACGGGGCUUUGGUGUGUCUCUCCUGGGCGUUUCUGUGGGGCUGGAAGAGGAGGCAGCUCCUCCAGCCUCUAAAUAAAGGGCAUCUGUGUGGCAUUUUCAUGCAGAGAUGUCCACCCUCCUGCGCCGGGCUGUCAUGUGUUUGUUUGGGCUCAAGGUGUCUUUGUCAGGCAUCUGCGGGCACCGGGCCUCACAAGGGCGUCUGUCCACAGACUUCCCUUUUUGUUUUUUAAACCACGAGUCCAGUUCCUAAUUUAAGGGUCCUCCACUGCCGAGGAAAGGGGACAGACUUGGCGACCCAGAUCCGAAGAGGGCUGGUGGCUGCCAGCCUGCCCAUGAAGGGAUCAGGGUGACUUUUUUUCAUUUUUCUAAAUGAAGAGCAAAACCAAAUUUUUUUUCAGAACAACCAAUGACAAAUCACUAGGGACAUGAAUGGGAAAUAUUAAUAGUACAUAAAGGAGUGAUUUUUAGGAGAAAUGAAGUCUAAUCCUGCCUCUGGGGACUUCACAUUCUCUGCAAUUCCCUUUGUGGGGAGAGAGUGAGGCUGCCGGGUACGUCCCCUAAGAAAAGCACAGACACUUUCUGCUUCCCCCUGAGUGGAUCGGUCCCAGGCCAUUCUGCCUGCUGCCCCCAGGUGCUAGCUCACCUGCCAGACCGGAGAGUGUAGAAGGAGGGGGCCUCACUCCUUACCUGACGUCUGCCAGCAGUACCCUGAGCCCUCCCCCGACUCAUCCACAGAUGAACCUGCUGCUAAGCCGCCAUCCCUCCCCCAUCAGUGCCUUGGUGCCGGGGCCAUGGGCCGGCCCACUUGGAACAGCAAUGCCUGAUGCCCAGGUGGUUUGGGGGAAGUGGCCUCAGAGCUGUUCUGAUCUGACAAGGGGCAGAUGGCGGAUGCCCCUGGAGGAGGAGGACGGAGCCUGGGCUCUGGGCCUCUUUGGCCCAUGUCUCCAGAGCUCUCCUUCCCUUGACAAGUGGACUUGCUGCCACCGUGCAUCAUACAGGACUUCUGAUGCCAGGCUCAUGAAAUGACCUCAUCUGGUUAUCCCAAGUACUGGCCAGAAGCGAGGACCUAACGCGUGAGGCCCGAGGCUCCUGACCUGGAACUGUCACCCUUGGAAAGCCCUGCUGCAUGAAUGGGGAAGGAGCUUCCCAAAGAACCACUGCCCUCUAUCACUCUGAGGAUAUGGGGCUGGGGGGCAGGGGAUGAGCGGAUGCGCCUGGACCUCUGAGGGGGCGUCUGGGCUAGAGAGAGAUGUCAGGGCCCCUUUCAAUAAACGGAAAAUGUUUUUC